CUUCAAACUGAAACGAGUCUGGUUUGACGUUUUAUUAUCUUUUAAAACUUAUUUUCUAAGUAAAAUCCUACCCACAUAGACAUGUGUUUUGCUACGAAAUCGUAAUAAAUAAGUUAAAGGACACAAUUUGGUGAAUAAAACCUUUAUUCACCGGUUGCUAAGUGAACUUUUGUGUGGUUUUCGCCGCUCCAGUUUUCGUUAAAAGUUUCCGUCAGGAGUAAAACUAUUUUCAGCCAUGUCGCGCGACCGCACCAGCCGCCGCUUCUACCGCGCGGAGUCGAGCCACGACCUGUCGUCCUACAUGGACCGCGGCCAGGCGGCGACCAACGAGAACCGAUGGACGCUCGAGUCGGCGUGGGAGGUCGCCAAUAAAGUUGGUGGUAUCUACACGGUGAUCAGAUCGAAGGCGUAUGUCUCCACCGAGGAGAUGGGAGACAACUACUGUCUACUUGGCCCCUACAAGGAAGCGUGCGCCCGCCAAGAGGUGGAAGAAGCUGACUUCCCCCCGCACUCCCCGCUGCACGCCGCCGUCGCCGCCAUGCGCAGCCAGGGGUACAAGCUCCACACCGGCACCUGGCUAGUCGACGGCAACCCCCAAGUCAUCCUCUUCGACAUCGGCUCCGGAGCCUGGCAGCUGGACGCGUACAAACAGGAGCUGUGGGACUGCUGCUCGCUCGGCAUCCCGCAUCUGGACGUGGAGGCGAACGACGCCGUCAUACUGGGGUUCAUGCAGGCGCUGUUUGUUACUGAGUUCAGGAAAGCCGCAGAGAAGUAUAGCAACACCCCUCCGCGCGUCGUCGCUCACUUCCACGAGUGGCAGGCGGGAAUAGGUCUUAUUGUGUUGAGAUGCCGCCACGUAGAUGUCGCCACUGUGUUCACGACUCACGCCACCUUACUCGGAAGAUACCUGUGUGCCGGCAACACUGACUUUUAUAACAAUAUGGAUAAGUUCUCAGUGGACGAGGAGGCGGGAAAGAGACAGAUCUACCACCGCUACUGCAUGGAGCGCGCGGCGUCCCACAUGACGCACAUAUUCACCACCGUCAGCGAUAUUACUGGCUACGAAGCGGAGCACCUGCUGAAGCGCAAGCCCGACCUCAUCACGCCCAACGGCCUCAACGUGAAGAAGUUCUCCGCACUGCACGAGUUCCAGAACCUGCACGCGCUGGCCAAGGAGAAGAUACACGAGUUUUGUAGGGGACACUUUUAUGGCCACUUCAACUUCGAUUUGGACAAGACGCUAUACUUCUUCAUCGCCGGUCGAUAUGAGUUUGGAAACAAGGGAGCCGACAUCUUCAUAGAAGCUUUGGCUAGAUUAAACCACUACUUAAAGUCGAGCGGCUCGGACUGCACCGUAGUAGCCUUCCUGAUCUUCCCCGCCGCCACCAACAACUUCAACGUGGAGAGCCUGCGCGGCCACGCCGUCACCAAGGCUCUGAGGGACACCAUCAGUGAUGUGCAGCAGCAGAUCGGGAGACGGAUGUACGACUUGUGUUUGCAAGGCCAACUCCCCGAGGCGUCAGACCUGCUCCAGAAGGAGGACAUGGUGCGCCUGAAGCGCUGCAUCUACGCGCUACAGAGGGACGGCCUGCCGCCCGUCACCACGCACAAUGUGGUAGAUGACUGGAACGAUCCCGUUCUCAACUCGGUGCGAAGAUGUCAGCUGUUCAACACUGUCAGCGAUAGAGUUAAAGUAAUAUUCCACCCCGAGUUCCUCUCAUCCACCAACCCGCUGUUCGGGCUGGAGUACGAAGAGUUCGUCCGCGGCUGCCACCUGGGAGUGUUCCCGUCGUACUACGAGCCGUGGGGGUACACGCCCGCCGAGUGCACCGUCAUGGGCAUCCCGAGCGUCACCACCAACUUGUCCGGCUUCGGGUGCUUCAUGCAGGAGCACAUAGCGGACCCGCAGUCGUACGGCAUCUACGUGGUGGACCGCCGCUACAUCUCGCUCGAGGGCUCCGUGCAGCAGCUCGCCACCAACAUGUACGACUUCACCAAGUUGACCCGCCGCCAGCGCAUCAUCCAGAGGAACCGGACGGAGCGGCUGUCCGACCUGCUGGACUGGAGGAAUCUGGGCAUUUACUACAGACAAGCCCGCGCGCAGGCCCUUAAACUAGUCUACCCUGACUACGUAGACCAAUUAGGUCAAGAGUUGGAGCGAGGGUUCAACUACCCGCGCCCGAUCUCCGAGCCACCCAGUCCUACCGCCUCCAGAGGCACCACCCCGGCCGCGUCGGUCCACGGCUCUGAUGAUGAAGAUGAAGUGGACGAAGAGAAGGAACUGGCAGAACUACGCAUCAGCGACCAUUAACUAGAGACUACCAUAGACAAAGAUAUUCCGUAAGACUUACACUCACUAUUUUGUAGAAGUCUGAAACGGUUUACAGUGCGACAAACUUAUCUGUUCCGGUGAGAGUUGACUAAAUUGGUCCAUAUCUCAUUAUUUACUAAUUAAUUAUAUAUUAAUAUAAUCUGGGUUUAUUGAAACCACAAGAGCGAAUUACCACUACUGGCAAACUUAAAAUCUUAUAGAAUGAAGAAAUAUUACACAUUUACGUGAGCUGUCACCGGAACAGAUAAGUUUGUGACACUGUACUAUACUAUUCGCGUAGUAGAGUAGUAUGAGUGACACCUGUCAUUAUAGAAAAAUGUUCCUAUCUGACAGUGUCACCCACACCAUCAUAUACCGCGCAAAGAGUAACUUUCGGUUGACCGAUGAACUUUUCAGGCAUUUUUUUAUGUAGGACCUGUGAUUGAAACAUUCGAUCAACGUUUGGUGGGCAACUGGGCAGUUGAUCGGCCAAUCAACUUUUUCUAUCAGUGAUUAAAUAUGAUACAUUGUACGUAUGGCGAUUUUAUGCUAUUAAAGCACAGCACAUUAUCAAAAAUGAGUGUUCAUAGUUAGCGCUAUUAUAGCUAUUAGCUAGCUCGGUGUCAAAUUCAUAAAAGUUAGUAUAGUUUUAAAAAGUUGCCAACUGCAAAAAAUAAAUUCGCCACAUUGUUUUAUAAUCAUCCAAUGUGUUGACAAUGGAUUGGUUUUUGGGAUAGAUAUUUAUAUAUUUUUAUCGAAUUUAUUAUUCUAUACAUAGUUGUUGUACUUUUGGUUUAAAAUUAUUGGAUAGUUCUUUUAUUUGAACCAUAUUUUUUGAGAAGUUAAAAAUCAAAUAUCAAAUAAUAAUCCAAUGUCUUUUCAAUGCUUUAGAUUUUUUUGGGAUUGAUUUCAUCGAAUUUAUUUUACAUAACUACAAACUAAAAAUAUUAUAUAAUAUUUAUAUACAAAAAAAUGCCAUAAAAAGGGUUCCUCUUAUCAUUAAAAAUAUACACUACCUACUUACUAAAUUAAUAUUUGUAACAGAUACCUCAGUGACUAUAUCUCAUCUUGUUAAUGUAGUCAUAUUGUAAGGGACUAACUCAACUAAUAUUUUCGUAAUGCCACAGGUAUUAUGAUUUAAUAACACACCUAAUAUUUUUUCAGAUUAUAAAUUUUUUAAAAAGUCAAAAAUAUUUAAAAGUUUAGAUUUAAGUUUAUCCUUAUACAUAGUUAUAUUUUUUUAUAAUACUGUGUAGGUUACUAAUUAAGUUCAUCACAAUAGAUAUAUUAUCAACCGAAUUUUAUUGAAAAUAUAUUAUGACUGAUGCCCUAGUCUAUAUUCUUAAUUAAUUUCAGAACGAUUUGAAAAUAAAUGAAAUGAUAGCAUCGUAAAGAUUUUUUAAUCGAUUUAUUAAUUUUAUCUUAGCAACAAAAGAUAUAUAGUAACAUAUACAAAUAUACUGUUACUAAUUAUUUACCUAAUUCACGAAAACAAUCAAAGUAGUCAAAUAUUUUUUCAUAUACCUAAGUACUGCCAUGUAGUUUAUAGAUUUAUAAAAAAAUGUCAGAAAGAAAAUUUAAGAGGGCGCCAUUUUAUGUCUUAAAUAUAUCAUAUGUGCCAUGUUUUAUAAUUGCCGAAUCUAUUUUAUAAUUUGGUAUUGUUAAAUUUGUUUCAAUAGAAAUAAAUUAUGUUAAGUUA